GGGGCGGACUCGCUGGUCGGGCCGCGCCUCUUCUUCUCUCUCGGAGGGCCGCCCGUGGUCGCCUUCUCGGUGCUCCCAUUCGUGCGCGAAGAGGUGGAGCGGGCGAGGCGACGCGGCGCCGACACGCGACCGUUCGUCUCUCAGCUGGUCCAGCAGCAGCGCGCGAAGCAGCUCGCGGCGGCGCGGCAGAGGGCGGCGAGCGCGGGGGUGGCGCAGGAGCCCGAGGCGGUGGCGGACGGGCGGAUAGUCGGCGACGAGGGCGGCGGCGGCGAGGGUACGCUCAAGCUCAAGGGCACGUCGUACGGCUUCCUGCUGCGCGAGGGGAGCAGGGAAGGGAGCAGGGAGAGGAGCAGCAGGGAGGGCCACUCGAGCGGCGACGGGGGCGGCGCGCCCUCCCGACCCGCACUCUCGCGCACGACCCGAGAUCACCGAGAUCACCCGAGAUCAUCACCCGAGAUCACCCGAGAUUACCCGAGAUCAUCACCCGAGGCUAGACCCGUACUUCCUCGACGACCCGGCGCUGCAGUCGGGCAAGGAGCGGAUGGUGUUGAACCUGCCCGGCCUGGUGGCGUCGGUGCUGCCCUACGUGCGGCCUCGCGCCCUCAAGGCCCAGCUCAACGAGCAGUGGGCCCUCAAGCACCAGUGGGUCAGCCGCGGCCUCACCCUCUCCAAGAUCCGCGCCGCAAAGGCGUCGCUGCUCGAGUGGGUUCUCGAGGCCAACUGCGAGGUGUCGACCGCCGCCCUCGCGCACGUCUACUUCGAGCGGCUCGUGCUGCGGCGCGUCGUCAACAAGGCGAACCGCAAGCUCGUCGCGGCCGUCUCGCUCUCGCUCGCCGCCAAGUGGAACGAGCCCGAGUCGCUCGGCACGCUCCUCGCCGCCGUCGAGCGCCACUACUCCAUCCCUCGCGCCACCGUCUUCCGCUCCGAGUUCUCGGCCUACGCGGAGCUCGCCUUUGACCUGCGCCUCGAGCCGGGCGACAUCUUCCCGCACUUCUCGCGCCUCCUCACGCAGGCGGAGCGGACGCCGCACGACUACCUCGGCGAGGCCAACUUUGCGGAGUUUCAAGCCGAGUUCCUCGAGCCGCCGGCGGAUGACUGAGGGUGAGAAGGUGUCGAGUCUUUUUUGCUAUUUUUCGUCUCAGUUUGGAGUUUGUGUCGUUUGUGUGUGUGUGGAGAAGUAGGUCGCCGGUU